AGAAACGAUGGGCGUUGCCAGCGAAGUUAGUGCUGUGUCAGUGACAUGAUGAGCCAUUUUUACAUUGUAGCAUCAGUUCACAACAAUACAUUUUAAAAUAAUUAGCAUUGACGUUAAACAACAAAACUGAUUAGUUAGCCACAUUAUAGCAAGCGGACUAGCAACGUUGUAACACUAGCAAAAAUGCGGCCACAAAGACAGCAGACCAACAACAAUACAGCCAUUACAGGAAGGUGUCUUUCUCCCACGGUCAACAGCUAUAAACUGCACUUUACAGCAGUGAACUCUCAAAUACCAGAGAGAAAUGUUCAGAGACCACUGGACGUCCGAUGGUCUAAAGACUUUACAAACGGGAUAAACAUGGACACCAUGAAAAUGAAUCCACCAAGACAAGACAGCAGGCUUAAUGCAGACAGUGGCGGCUGCAGGCCUCUCCACACCCCUGUGCUGGCGUUUGUCAGUGAGUUUAUGGGCCCUGAGCGUCCCCUCCUACCCCCAGCUGCUGCUCUACCCAGUGGGCUGACUGGUGACCUAGGACCACAGCCACACAGAGUGAAGCCUAGGAGAGCAACAAACAGUGCAGGGGCCAUCAACUCCCACAGUACCUCACCCCUCACCCUGCCAACUGGACCAGGUGAUGCCAUAUCAUUGAGUGAGAAUUCUCCCUCUAGUUUUCCAAUUGCCUUUCGUUCCCGUGAUGACUGUGCUUUGAGUCCUGAGCGACUAGAUUUGGACAGGCGUGGUCUGGAGGAGUGUCCCCUGCUGGAGGGCAUGGGUAGGCUGCGGCUGCUUAACUUUCAGCACAACCUCAUCACGCACAUCCACAAUCUGUCUCAUCUGCGGCACCUUGCCUUCCUAGACCUGUAUGACAACCACAUCUCCCAGAUGUCUGGCAUCUCAGCCCUGGCCUCUCUCAGAGUGCUUAUGCUGGGCAAGAACAGAAUCCAGAGGAUAUGCAGUCUGGAUAACCUGACUAAACUAGAUGUUCUGGACUUGCAUGGCAAUCAGAUCUCCCAGAUAGGGAACCUCUCCCACCUGUCUGAGCUGCGUGUGUUGAACUUGGCAGGGAACUGCAUCUCCAGGGUGGACAACCUGCAGGGCCUGGACUCACUGACCGAGAUCAACCUGAGACGCAACUGCAUCUCCACUGUGACAGAGGUGGACCAGCUGCCCUGCCUCCAGCGCCUCUUUCUCAGCUGCAACAGCAUCACCAGUUUUGAUGAGCUAGCCUGCCUGGGAGAGUCGUGCUCCCUUUCUGAGCUCACCCUGGAUGGGAACCCAGUAGCCCUGGAGACAUGGUACAAGCAGGCCGCCUUGCGCUGUGUGCUUCAACUCAGACAGCUGGACAUGAAACGUGUCACGGAGGAGGAGAGACGUAUGGCCUGCGUCACGGCCCGGAAGGAGGAUGAGAAGAAGAGGGAGAGUCACAAGCAGGCCAUGCACAAGAGUCCUGCUCAUGUUGUGCCUCAGCAGUUCUACACUCAACUUGGGCUCAAGUCUCAGGACUCCUCAGUGACAAGCAAGGAGAAGCGGCGUCUGGCCAUCCGUAAUGCAGCACUGCAGUGGGAGGGGGUCAGGGCCUGCCUGGAGCUUCCGGCUCAGAACGGAGCCAAGGAGGAAAUCAGCCCUGAGGCAAGCCCCGCCCACAGCCCAGCCCAGACCAAUGGCCUUGCACUGGAACCUUCUCCGGAUGAGCAGCUCAGACGGGUGAGUCCGGUGUCGGCUCUGGACAGACAAACAGGGGGCAGUGAGACCCGGAUGCGCUCCACCAGUCGCCCCAACAGUCCUCGAGACCCCAAGCUCCUGGAGGCAGGGGGUGUCAACCUGCAGAGCCUCUCCCUGUCAGACAGCCAUCUGGCGGAGUUGGAUGGGGAAACCCUGCGCCUGUUCGGUCUUGGAGCACUGGAGGCCCUGGAGAGAGGCUGGGGGGUCCAGACUGCAGGGGCCGUCACUGUCAUAGCCUUCCGCUACAUCCACUUUGAUGCGAUCGUGCCAACACUGCCACGCAUAAGGGUCAAGUUCCCCAACCUAUCUCAUCUGAUUUUCCUGGAAACCAACGUCAGCCGUCUUCCCCAGCUGGCUGCUCUGGCCCAGGUGAGACGUCUGGACCAGCUGACCAUCCACCCAGAGGGGAACCCUGUAGUCAGCCUUUCCCUGUGGAGAUCCUUCCUCAUCUACCGCCUGCACCACUUCAACCUGCACAAGAUCAACAACCUGGAGGUGACCAUGAAUGACAUGAUCUCUGCAGAGCGUCUGUUUGGGACGCUGGGUCAUAUCGCUGCCACCGAGACACCACGCUGCCGCCUGCUAGUACUGCUGGAGGAGUCCAGGAAGCGUCAGCUGCAGUUUCUGUUGGAGGGGCGUGGGCGCCGUGCAGGCUUGAGCCCAGAGGAGCUGCGUGACAACGGCAAGCUGCUGGGAGAGGGCCUGAGCAGAGCCCUGUUCAACUACCCCAGUAGAGACUGCUGCAAUGUGGGAGCGGAGAGCCCAGAGGAGGGUGCUAUGGAGUCGUCAUCGGAGUGCGGAGCCGUGAUGGAGCAGUACAUACAGGCUCAGGUCCAGACGACAUCUGACACCAACCUGAAGAGGGAGUCCCUCCACAAACUGUGGCCCUCCAUGUUCAUGGAGAUGGUGAGAGACUGUGUGCUGGAGAUGAGGGACCGACCGGCCUUCCGUCAGGCCUGCCUCAACAGGCUCUCCACACAGGGAAAGUGACAGGGUGAGGGGUAGAGACCUGGUAAAACUCCAUAAGACCUACAGUACAGCAAACUGGACACAUACUGGAAACAGGUACAGCAUACUGGACACAUACUAGAAACAGGUGCAGCAUACUGGACAUAUACUGGAAACAGGUACAGCAUACUGGACACAUACUAGAAACAGGUACAGCAUACUGGACACACUAGAAACAGGUACAGCAUACUGGACACAUACUAGAAACAGGUACAGCAUACUGGACACACUAGAAACAGGUACAGCAAAAUGGACACAUACUAGAAACAGGUACAGCAUACUGGACACACUAGAAACAGAUACAGCAUACUGGACAUAUACUGGAAACAGGUGCAGCAUACUGGACACAUACUGGAAACAUGUACAGCAUACUGGACACACUAGAAAGAGGUACAGCAUACUGGACAUAUACUGGAAACAGGUGCAGCAUACUGGACACAUACUGGAAACCUGUACAGCAUACUUGACACACUAGAAAGAGGUACAGCAUACUGUACACAUACAUACUGGAAAGAGGAUACUGGACACCUACUGGAAACAGGUACAACAUACUGGACACACUAGAAACAGAUACAGCAUACUGGACACACUAGAAACAGAUACAGCAUACUGGACAUAUACUGGAAACAGGUGCAGCAUACUGGACACAUACUGGAAACCUGUACAGCAUACUGGACACACUAGAAAGAGGUACAGCAUACUGUACACAUACAUACUGGAAAGAGGAUACUGGACACCUACUGGAAACAGGUACAACAUACUGGACCUACUGGAAACAGGUAUAGCAUACUGGACCACUUCUUCUACUACAGCAUAUUGGACACUCUCAUGCUGCUCUGUCUCACCACAUUAACUCGUCUUCAUCAUCAUGUGGUGUCAGACAGUCAAGUUUUGGGGAAUUUUGGGGUUAGAUUCUUUUCAUAACUGGAAAAACGUAUUCAAAUUGAAGAUGGAUGUGAAUUUUUCUUUCAAAGGCAAUUUUGGGGGGGGGUUGUCACCAACUGGGCCUCAUAAGCUUGAAUUCACAUUAUCAUGGAAAAUAUAAUAUUGAUGUUUGUUCUAUACUCUGUUUUUCCUAUUCAACUUGAUUCCAGGAUGCACGGAGCUAUAGAGCUAUAUACUUGAGAAAGUAAUUGUGAGCUUGCAUUGUCAUCUCUAAAGAGGAACACUCUUUGCACUUUAAAGCCUUCAUAAAGACCCUGUUCACGAUCUCCAGCUGAAGAUUACAAUGAGUGUGUCUCAUUGAGCCUAGAAUGAUUGUCAUGAUAAUCCUCUUCUUAAUGUUACUCUCUCUCUCUCUCUGCCUGGCG